AACCAUUCUCUGGAAAAUCUCACCAACCCGAAAAUUGUUUCAUGGCAUGUGGGUCUACUUAAUGCAUAUAUACAUCCAGAUGAUGUGAAGAUCAUCAAAGACUUAGCCAUAAGUCGGAAUUGUAGGCCUGAUUCUUCUGGUUGGCUAUUCAUAGAGACCGGUAAAUAUAUUGUGAAAUCAAGAUAUAAGAUUGAAUCUCUAUAUCCAGAUAAGGAACAAUGUACGGUUUCUUAUGGUUCGGAUACCAAACUGUUGUUGGCUUUUUUUCAUUUGGAAACUGAAAUGUUCUCCAAAGUUGUGAUAUUUUAUCUGCCAAGUUAUAUCGGGUACUAUACCGGUUGCAAAAAAUUUGAAAGCGCGGGGUAUUGACUGUGAUAUCCGAUGUAGUAUUUAUGGUGCAGAGGAAGAAUCAAUUAAUCAUGUUCUCUUUAUGUCCACUGCAAACAUGUCUUUAUCAAAAAUUUCAUUUCGCCCCCUCCCCCCGCCCACCCCCCUGAAAUUUUCACAACUCCUUCGUACUAAUAUAGAUUGUCUUUUCUGGAAAUUCUCCGAAAAAUAUGAUUUCAGCACCUUUCUUUGGAUCUUGUGGUAUAUUUUGAAUAACAAAACAAUAAGAUUUUUAAGAACAAAAAUGGUAACCCACAGAAAAUACUUCAGAUAGCGGAAGUCAAGAGAAUGGUGUGGGCAGAAGCUCAACUUACUAUUCUCCCGAAAGGCACAGUGUGGUUCUACCGGCAUUUGAUUGGCAAUCCUUAGGACAUUCCAUAAUCUGUUUUUCGAUGGUGCAUGAAAGGAGCAAGAUAAGUUCUCGAGACAGAGAUGGUUCUGUAGAACUGUAGGUUCAGAUGAGAAGAUGAUAGAGACAAUGAAUCCCCAAAGAACCUUUGAUAUGGGUCCUUAACUUUUAAGACAUAGUUUUUGUGGUGUCAUUACCGGAGAAUGGCCAAAUCAGUUCUGUUUGGCUUGAGACACUUUUUUGGAUCGGUUUGGCUUUUCGGGUUGUUUUUUUUCUACCCUAGGUUGACCGAAAAAAAAAAAGUUAUGAUAAAAAAGGUAAAGAGAUUGGAAACGCAAAGGUUUCCUUCAACUUCACGCCACGGUGAAUCACUGAUCGGCAUUAGAGAAAAAAAAAAGGAGAAAGAGAUAACUCUUCUUUCUUCAUCCCAUCACUAGAUCUCUCUCUCACCGUCGUCUUUUCUCCGCAGCAGCUAUGGUUUCCCCCACCAAACUCAAAUCCGUUGAUUUCUACAGGAAAAUCCCGAGAGAUUUGACAGAGGCGUCUCUCUCUGGCGCUGGCUUAUCCAUCGUAGCUGCUCUCGUUAUGAUGCUUCUCUUUGGAAUGGAGCUGAGUAGUUAUUUGGAAGUCACCACUACAACAGCUGUCGUUGUUGACAAGAGCUCUGAUGGGGACUUCUUACGCAUUGAUUUCAACAUCAGCUUUCCUGCCCUUUCUUGUGAAUUUGCAUCCCUUGAUGUGAAUGACGUGUUAGGAACAAACAGGUUGAAUAUAACAAAAACAGUUCGCAAGUUUCCAAUUGAUCCACAUUUAAAGGCCACCGGCGGAGAGUUCCACUCUGGCCUUGCAUCACAUCACAUCAACCAUGGAGAAGAAAUUAAGCAAGAGUUUCCUGAUGGUGCAAUACAAUUAACAAAUGGUGGUUUUCAAUCAUUGUCACACCACUUUCCGUUAUUGAUUGUUAACUUUAAUGCACCAUGGUGCUACUGGAGUAAUCGUCUGAAACCGUCUUGGGAGAAAGCUGCUACCAUUAUAAAACAGAGAUAUAAUCCUGACACUGAUGGGCGUGUUCUUCUAGGAAGUGUUGAUUGCACAGAAGAACCUGCGCUAUGUAGGAGGAACCAUAUACAAGGCUAUCCAUCUAUUCGGAUUUUCCGCAAAGGCAAUGACCUUAAAGAAGACCAUGGACACCACGAACAUGAAUCUUACUAUGGAGAUCGGGACACAGAGAGUAUAGUUAAGAUGGUGGAUGAACUGGUAGCACCAAUCCACCCGGAGACGCACAAGCUAGCUUUGGAUUGGGGUAUAUCCAAUGACACAGCAAAACUUCUUAAAAAGGCACCAGUUACAGGAGGUUGUAGAGUUGAAGGUUAUGUGCGUGUAAAGAAGGUUCCAGGAAACCUCGUUAUCUCAGCUCAUUCAGGAGCUCACUCGUUCGAUUCUUCUCAAAUGAACAUGUCGCAUGUUGUCACCCAUCUUUCAUUUGGGAGGAUGAUUGAUACUAGGUUGUUGACCGAUUUGAAGCGCUUGUUGCCAUAUCUUGGCCAAAGCCAUGACAAGUUGGAUGAAAAAGCAUUCAUAAAUCAACACGAGUUUGGUGCCAAUGUUACUAUUGAACACUACCUACAAAUAGUUAAAACAGAGGUCAUUACAAGAAGAUACGGUCAAGAACAUUCAUUGACAGAGGAACAUGAGUACACCGCUCACAGCAGCAUAACUCAGACUUACUACUUACCCGUUGCAAAGUUUCACUUUGAGCUCUCUCCCAUGCAGAUUCUAAUAACUGAAAAUCCAAAGUCCUUCUCACACUUCAUCACAAAUCUUUGCGCCAUUAUUGGUGGUGUUUUCACGGUUGCGGGAAUAAUAGAUUCGGUAUUACACAAUACAAUAAGACUGAUUAAGAAGGUCGAACUUGGGAAAAACAUUUGAUUGUCUACUGGAGGUUAGAGUUUACCAUUAAUUCAUAAAACCAUAGAAGAACCUCACACUUCUUAUUUUUGGAAUAGCUGUUCCUACAUAGAAAAACUCAGUAAAGAGAAAGAAGUUUUGUUUGACAGUAUCUUAGUUUCUUUAUCCUUAACAUGCACACAAUUAGAAAAUUUUAUUCACGUACAUGAGAAACAAAUGUGAAAAGAAUCAAACAACAAACACCAAUGGACACAAAGUGGGGUGAAAAUACAGAAACUUGUUACAUAGUGAAAACACAAGACAAAACAGAAACUUCUUAGUGUAGGAAUAGAGUUGAAGCAAGAGCAGCUCCGAGGAGA